AUGUCCAAUUUUGUCACAAUUAUUCUUAAAGAAUCCAAAAAGCGUGAACAGAAGAAGGCAAUGCUUCCUCCUUCCAUAAACCAACUUAAAAACCAAGCAACAAAGUUAUUCAAAAUUCAGCCGCCAAAUAAAAUUCAAUCAAUUUACACGACUGAUGGAGUAUUAAUCACUUCGAUUUCUGAGUUAUCGCAUGGUAUGGAAAUUCUUGUUUCAACGCAACUACCCGAUGAAGACUUUUCUGAAGGUGAAAAUCAAGUUGAAGAAGCACCAAAAUCGAGCCCACGCUCAUCGCAGAUACCAACUAAGCCAAAGACUCCUAUUUCACCAAAACAAACGCCGCCACCUAACUCAAUGAAUUCUCCAAAAUUUGUACAGCCACCACCAGUCAAUGUUAGUCCAAUGUUUGGCAGCAAAUCACCUAAGAUGAGUGUUCAGUCUUCUGGCCGCCAGACUCCAGUUCUUGGACAGAUUAAUGAACCUUCAGCUUCAACGCCAGCCGUAAAGCAGCCAACAUCGGGAACUCCAGGUCGCUCUCCAUCUCCGAUGGCUCAAAACCAGCCUCCUUCUCCAAGAAGCGAAGAAGAAGGACAAAUGGUCAGAAAUACUUCACAACUCGCGAUUAUACAGCAAUCUACACCAGAGUUAGAAGCUAAAGAGAGCUCUGCCCGCCGCUCUAACUCUCCUAAUGCUCCAAAGCGAAAUACAGUUACAAGAGAUGGCGUUGAAGAACAAAUUGCCGAAAUUCUCUCUCCAGAUGAGAAAGAACGCAGAGCGAUGCUUUCCUGUGGUGUCGAUCGUGAUCUUAUCAUCUCCAGCCUCUCAGAGAACCUUUCAGGCCUCUUCUCCGACAUAAUGCCAUCGAAUGCUGCCGCUACCGGUUCCUCAUCGCAAAAGGGAAGUUCACGUUUGGGACAAUCUGCGAAAGACGAUGAAGAGCAGCCAGAAGUCACAAACGAGACACUUAAGACUGCUAUUAGGCAAGUACCGCAAGUCAUGCAGCGCUUCAUGACUCAGAACGGGAACAGCGAAAUCACACAACAAGCGAUUGUCCAGAAGAGACUCUUAAAUCACUUCGGCGAGAUCCCACGCAUAUCCAACGCCUUAGAACAACAUAUUAACGACCAAAUAAAGAACGGAACGUUCUCAACUCUCGGUGGAUUUAAUGUCAACUUCAAGACAUUGAUUGUCGGACCUAGAUCGUCAGGCAAAACAACAUACCUCAAGAACCUCGCUAAAAAUGUUUACAGAAGAUUGAUCGCAAGCGGACAAUAUCGUCAUACAUUCGUAUUUAAUGUCGACUUUCUACAGAUAAAGGAGUCGUUUGACGACCCAAUUAAAUUCUACAACGCAUUUAUGGGCCUUGCAUUGGCUCAGGCUGCAAGCCAGAGGAUAGAUUUCCAGCCAUAUCUCGAUAUGAUUACACAAUACUUCGAAAAGAUCGUCCAAGUCGAUACAUUCAUUAAUCUUCCUACGAAAUUCUCAUUACAAGACGAUUUCAGAGCUACAUCAGCUGUUUUAACUGAAUUAGCCUCGAAUAUCUUCAACGCGUACAAGAAAUCAGGUUCUCUCUCCAUAUUUAUGACCCACGUUGUUACGAUCCCAGAUUUCAUUGCCAAAGCGUUCGGAUACAGCAGAGUUCUUGUAAUUGCAGAUCACAUCGACGUUGCCGACGUUCUUGUCCCGUGCAACGACCAAUUAACGCGGGAUACGCAGAAUCUCCCUAUUAUAGAGUUCGUUAAGCUCCUCCUUGAAGACAACGCCUUCAUCGCCGGAUGCCAAGACGAAAGACAUGCAAUCGAAGCGAUAGACCUCAUCGCAGAUGAUUCAACAGAUAUUCUUACAGGUACAGACAUAGUUUCCGUCAUCAAUUCGGACCUUGACGAAACUCAUUCUUCAGAAAUUUGGUUCAAACUCCAAGUGGCCGGCCAAACACCGAAUGUCCUUCUUCGUUGUGAGGACUGCGGUGGAUGCCCAGGAUUCCUCGCCCGCUGGGAUGUCAUUAUUUCGAUGGCUCAGCAGUAUAUCAUAGAGGAACACAAGGAUAAGAACUCAAAGAAGCUCAGAGAGCGAAAAUUGGCCCUCAUUACAAAGAUAAGAGAGCUUGCAGCCCUUGUUUUCGCCGAGGAAGGUGAUUUUGGUACAAUCAACCCUUACCCAGGCAAAAUCAACGAUUUCGAAAUUGUCCAGAAUGUCAGGAAUGAGUAA